AUGGCGGUCAAUGGUUUGGGAGGAAUCGAGGAAAACAAGUGGUGGCCGAUGGUUUUCUCUACAAGGUUUUGCAGUUGUUUUGGGGGUAGUGGCGUCGGCUGUGGUAGUCGGACGGCGAUGAAAUCAUGUGGUAAAAGAGACAGGUAUAUAUGGGAAGAACUACGUUCAUCUGCCCCCAAGAUUGCUUGGCAUCAUAUGGUAUGGUUCUCUGGACGUAUCCCCAAGCACACCAUUAUUGUAUGGAUGGCCAUAUUGAACAGGUUGCCUACUCGGGUUAGGCUCCUACAAAUGGGCCUCGCCAUUGAAUCUGAUAGAUGUUUACUUUGUGGCAAUGAGACAGAGACAAGAGACCAUCUCUUCUUUGAAUGUCAUUUUGCCAAGAAUCUAUGGAGCUCUAUUCUGGAACUUUGUUGCAUCCCUCGUGAAGCUUGCAGCUGGGAGGGAGAACUGGCUUGGGCUUCCCUGUUACUCAAGGGCAAUUCUCUCAUCGUGAGAAUACUUAAACUUCCUUGGACUGGUCAUGUUUAUAGUAUUUGGAAGGAAAGAAAGAGUAGGUUUUUUGGAAGUAGAGCCAGAUCAAAGGAAGAGCUGUUGGGAGACAUCAAGGAGGCAAUUCGAAUUCGGUUGGGAGGUAAAUCCUUCAACACAGUUGAUCCUUCCAAUAUUGCCCUAUGUGCAAAGUGGGGCAUUGCUUGA